AAGUGCCCCUCAAGUUUGAAACUUUUUUUACGAGUGGGAGGAAUCGAGUUACAACAAACUGGUAACUGAUCGCGCGGCAGCCGAGGGAAGAAAACACGCGUUCAAUAAUUUACACAUCUGUGCCGAGGACACGGUUACAGAAGAAAAACUGAACUGAACAGCAGCGAGGACGUUUCACAGCGACACGCAGCAGAACGAGAGGAAGAAAACCUCAAUAUGAAGUGACUUUAUCUGCUCUGCCAGGAUGAACUCUUGAGACUUUUCGCUCUCAGUACUAACUUGCUGUCAUCUGGCCGACCGACCGUGAAGCUGCGUAAGACUUGACCAUGGACUCCUUCAGCACCAAGAGCCUGGCCCUGCAGGCGCAGAAGAAGCUGAUGAGCAAGAUGGCUACCAAGAGCGUGGCCAGCCUCUUCAUCGACGACACCAGCAGCGAAGUGCUGGACGAGCUGUACCGCGUCACCAAGGAGUACACCCGCAACCGCAAAGAGUCCCAGAAGAUCAUCAAGAACUUGAUCAAGAUGGUGGUGAAGCUGGGAGUGCUCUACAGAAACAACCAGUUCAACAGUGAGGAGCUGAUCCUGGUGGAGAACUUCAGGAAGAAGGUCCACACUCUGGCCAUGACGGCGGUCAGUUUCCACCAGAUCGAGUUCACCUUUGACCGGCGCGUCAUGAGCGCCAUUUUGAACGAUUGCCGCGAGCUGCUGCACCAGGCCAUCAAGCGCCACCUGACAGCCAAGAGCCACUCGCGAGUCAACCACGUCUUCAAUCACUUUGCCGACUGCGACUUCCUGGCGACUCUGUACGGGCCCUCGGAGGUUUAUCGCGGCCACCUGCAGAGGAUCUGUAACGGGAUCAAUAAGAUGCUCGACGAAGGCAACCUCUGACCUCUGCCUCGGUGUUAGGCUCGUUUACCUCGACUCAUCCCCGCCCCCCACGAAGCAUUUCUUCUUUUUUUGAGACAACGAUCGUGAACAUUUUUAUUUUUCCUUUGUUUGUUUGUGUUUGCGUUUACUGUAACAUCGAAAUUCGCUUGGCAACGUUGUCCAAAGUAUAUUUCUUUUUCCAGCCUUCUUUUUAAUGAAUGUAAGACUUCAUGCUCUUAUCUCCAUAGCCUUGACAACUGUGCCUUAAAUAGCAUAUUUUAUCUUCGUUCCAAGGGCUCGCUUUCUCUCUGUCGCUUCAAAAAGGCAAGAAACCAGGCACAGGCCUCCAGCUGCAUCUGCUAAAUGGACAAAAGUGGGUCUGGGAGCCGACGAGGAGAAGAAGAGAGCGAAUUUCCAAGGACAAAAAGACGUUUUACUGUCUGUUUGCUUUUUCCUGAAAGUAGUGUUGCACUCGAUCCCAAACAAGCGCUGUACUGUAGUGAAACCAUGUGAACGACAGCAGUAAUCCUGCUCAGCCUGCAUUUUCUCGCCAUCAUGCACUGAACUCUGCUUUGCAGAGGAGCGUAGCUUUUUGUUUAUAAACCCACAUUUGCUUCCAAUAGCCUGCUUUAUAGCCACCACAACAAAGGCAAAGUAUUUGGGUCACGGGGGAAUGUAAACUCGAAGGAAUUUGAGCGCGCUGCGUGUUGUUGAUCGUCUCUGGACGCUCAUCUAGCCUGAAAAAUCACGCCCGUGCGGCGAGGGCGGUGCACAAUGUGGCACCAGGUGCAAAGAUUGCUCUGGCAUUUUGUCAGAAGGGAAUUAAACGCCAACUCGGUCGAACCGCUCGCCAUAAUGGACGCCGUUAGUCUGGGGUCAGCUGCGUUUCAGGUUAGGGAGCCUUGCGUUUAUCCUUAAAAGCACUAAAACUCCAGCUCAAAUUCUGACUGAUCCCAACUAAAAAGUGAGCAGGCAGAUGAAAGGCUGCAGCGCCGUGUCUGUGAAGAGCGCCGGGCAGAGCGCGGAGAUUAGAGCAGAGACAAACACACCACCUGAUUGUGCUCUCCCACUGCAAUUAUAGCUCCCCGCUCCGGGGCGGCGUGAUGGCCGGGAGCCGGCCUCCGUCGAGCAGCCACUCCAUUUCAGCCUCGUGUGAUGAGAUGGGGAUAACAUCUCUGUUUGCGCGAUGCCGGUCCUUCUAAUGGAGUGAAAGAUGAUGUUGUGUUUCUCCCUUACAAAGGAGCGUAUGAGUAGUUACUACCAGCCCUCUCUAACCUUGCAUAA